AUGCCCAGUGAUCUCCUGCGCGACGUUUCUAAAACUCUUCUCUGUGACUCCCCUAUGCUCACUCGGUUCGCGUUACACAACUGUGAUCUCCCCCCUAACACAAAUGUCCGUCUUCCUAGCAAUAUCCUGAUCAAAGCUCCGAAGUUACGCAACUUGAGCCUGAUCGACUGUGUUCCACCAUGGGACUCGCCUGCAUUUUCGAGAUUAACACGACUGCAGCUAGGCGACAUGUCAACCUUAUCCCCUUCACCUUCAGAGCUGUGGACUGUCCUACGAGCCUCUCCUGCUCUCGAGAUUCUGGGGCUUUUUGGUGUCCUUGGUCGUCUAGGGAAAUCUACAUUAUCUUCGGACACAGGUGCGAUCGUCAACCUUGCAAAACUUCGUCACAUCAAUGUGAGCAACAAAACAUAUUUCGACGAAUACACCCAUUUCUUCUCAAAGAUCUCCUUCCCGACGAAAUCUUGCGUCAUAUUAACCGUUCAAUGCGCAUCAAGCGAUGGGAAUUUGUCCAGCGGACUGCGUCUUCUUCCCGCAACAAUAUUCACCUGUGCUCGAGAACCGGAUGGUCCAUUGUACACCAUUGUUCUAGAUCUGAAAGGCUUUCGGUGCACGUGUGACGUCUUUGACGAGAGUAUUCCACAUGCUGAUAGAAGAAUUUACACCACUGAUCAGCCUAAACACGAGUGCCGUGGUUUCCAUCUCGAGUCUUCCUUCAUAUCCUAUCCAUCAGCGCCAAACCCUUUCACCUCCUUUUGCUCCGACCCUCCCCUCUAUUCAAUUCGCACACUCCGCAUUUCUCUCUCCCAAGACUAUGUCAAAGGUGUUUCCUGGCACGACAUCGUCACCGCUCUUCCCUGCAUACAUAUCCUCCAUGCUAAUGUUGAUGCUCCAGAGAUGAAGGAGAUGCUCUAUGCACUUUCCGUUGGUUACGAGCAUGUCCGUCAUCUACCACGCCUCGAGAGCCUCCAGUUAUUGUCUGGAUAUGGCUUUAAUCAUCAUGGACAUAGCACAACUGUUGCAGAUGCCAUCGAGCGGCGAGCAAGGCUGGGCAGCCACCUCGUCGAGCUGGUUGCGACUGACUUAUCGACAUCCACCGCAGACUUGGUGCGACUGAGGUGGGCUGUGAAGACGGUAGAAUGGAAUUGGAGUUACUUAGAGAAGGAGAGGUAUCAAAAAUGA